UUCACGUUCACGUUCGCGUUCACAUUGAAUGUUCGCCAGUGAACGUGAAAUAAACAAAUAUCGUCUUCAAAAAAACAAUUCGGAUAAAAUAUACAGUUGGCUACGUAAAUAUGGAUGAUUUGAGUAAUGCACUUAUUCUUGGUGGCGCUUUCGUUGUUUUGCUAUCCAUAUUGAACACACGAAGAAGGCGAAAUCGACGUCUUUAUCGGGUACAUCCAUAUUUACUGAAAAGAAAUGAAUGCGGACGUUUUAGAACUGCCUUCGAGGAUAUGUUGAGCAGCUCUCGAUUUUUCUGUGAAAACUUCCAUAUGGAUGUAAUUUCAUUCAAUCGGAUUUUUACACGGGUCGAAAAACACUUGGAGUGCUUAGUGAACACUCGACCGAAUGAUAGAAUUCCUUCGAAAAUGCGAUUGGCGAUUGUUUUGGAAUUUUUGGCAUCUGGUACGAUAUGUCGUCAUAUUUCAUCAGUAUACCGCAUAAGCAAAUCGUCAUUUUGUCAUAUUAUUGAUCAGGUCUGUGAUGCUAUUGUACUAGAGUUUCGGAGCGAGAUCACAAAACAAAAUUGGUUGGAUGUUGCAAAUGAAUUCAACUAUCGAUGGAACUUUCCAAAUUGUGUUGGAGCAAUCGAUGGUAAACAUGUUCCAAUAGUAUGUCCACCCAACUCUGGAAGCUUGUUCAAACACAUGAAGCCUUAUGUGCCAUCAAAAGGGAAGUCACUCACACCGGAAGAAAGAAUUUUCAACUAUAGGUUGAGCCGAGCUCGCCGUUGUGUCGAGAAUGCGUUCGGAAUACUGACACGGAAAUGGCUGUGUUUAGGUCAUCCACUUAGGUUGGAGCCUCAGCGUGCAUCAAAGUCGACCUAUCCAAAGCUAUCGCACUAUUACAACAUCCUGUUUCCAGUAUCAAUCCUUCACAGCCAGUGCAUACUGAAGCUGAACAGAACUGGAACAUUAGCCAUCAGAGCUCAAGCACUCAGGGUUCACAUUCACAUAGCACGUACUUAUGGAUAUGACACAAAUUUUAUCGUGCAAUCAGCUACUCGAAAGGUAGCAUACGACGCAGAAACGACUGACCAUGCACUCGAUAAUAGCAUACUACAGAUAGGACAGAGAUAUGGAGCUGAUCGGAAGAGAUUGAACACUUUCCAAGAUCAUGUGUACUCAAACGCUAAAUAUCGGCGAACAAACACGUUUAUUGAACGAAUAUCAGACCGUCGGUCGAACCCGUCAAGAGAAAAACGCAAUUUUAAACUGCAAUCGAGAGAGAACCAAUCAUUCCCGCCAACACGAGGUCGUCGGUCACGUUGCCCAAGAUGCAGCAACGCUUUUCAUUGGAAUCCGCAGUGUCCUGCCUUAUCCAGAACGUGCGAUAAGUGUGGUAAACGAGGACACUUUGCAGUCGCUUGUCGAACAGGACGUACUGUUCAGCAGAUCAUAAAGCCCCUCGAAAUCGAAUCCUCAAGCGAAGAACGCAUCGUCAACAAACAGCAGAAUAUAAGUGCCCUCAGUUUGGAGGAAGCAAUAGUCGGUUGCAGUGUAGGAUUCACAAAUCCUAUUGGCUUCCUUAUCGACUCUGGAGCCGACGUUAACGUCAUUGGUGGUAUUAAUUGGCUACACUUAAAACGAGAAUACGAUAUGGGCCUGGCGAAACUUCACAUCGCCCAACAACCUCAGCAAAAUCUACAUGCCUAUGCUUCCUCUAAACCAAUGUUGAUAGAAUGCACAUUCAAAGCCACAAUCGAAGUACCAGGAACAACAAAACCAUCGGUAAAUGCUACAUUCCAUGUCGUUCCUGCCAGUGCGAGAUCGCUGCUAGGCCGUUCCACUGCUCAUGAUUUGAAGCUCUUGCAUGUGGGCAAAACUGUUAACAACACUGAAAGCGUAAAUAGUAAUAACUUCCCUAAGAUGUCUGGAGUGCAAGUCAUAUUUAGCGUGAAUAAGUCGAUCCCCCCGACAAAGAACGCAUAUUAUAAUGUCCCAGCAGCCUUUAGGGAGGCCGCCCGCAACCGAUUACAUGAGAUGGAAGAAAACGAGAUAAUCGAGAAAGUAUCGAGAGCGCCGCUCUGGAUAAGUGGCGUGUCUGCCGUGACGAAAGGCAAGUCAGACUUCCGUCUCGUGGUUAACAUGAGGGCGCCAAACAAGGCCAUAAACCGAGAGUAUUUCAGGCUGCCCCUGGUAGAUGAAAUGCGAGUUAAACUUCAUGGCGCAAAAUAUUUCACGAAAUUGGACCUGGAAAAUGCGUUCUAUCAUCUGGAACUAAGCGAAGAAUCAAGGGAUCUUACAACCUUUCUCACAGAAAACGGAAUGUAUCGUUUUACACGGCUGAUGUUCGGGGUCAAUUGAAGUUCUGUAGCUGUACAACAGAAUAAUUUACUCACUGAACAAUUCGUGAAGUGUAUUCGAGAAUCAGGCUCAUUACAUACUUACAACCCGUGUUGUUUUUAUUUUCAUCCUUCCUCUCGCUGUUUACUGUCAAAUGUCAAAAAGGCGAAUUGCAAAUUGUGGACUCAUACAAUUACAUCACCACUAAUUACACCACCUAAUUUGCAAACGAACCGAAAAAACGGUGCAAAGUCGUAUAGCGGUAAGAUAGGGUAAGACACUUCAGUGACUGCAAAAAUGGGGGAUAGGAAUCAUUUUAUUUGGAUUCGUUUAUUUACAUCAUUUUUUUGAGAGAGAGGGAGAUGUGUGGCAUAUAGAGUAAAAGUGCAAAUAGAACUUAAUUCAGAACUUGUCCCCCGUUGCUAUCGUGUGAGCAAACAGCGGCAGAACGGACAAUGUCUUAACACACACAUCGAGCCGAACUCGUCCUCGCGCACACACACUCUCGUGAGCGACUUUCCUCCACAUCUCCUCAUUCUUGGAUCAACGCUCGAGAAGCCGUUUUGAUUCAGUCCGCACUACCUAGAUUUUAACCUGCUGCGUUCUCCAUAAUUUGCUUAUUGACAACAAGAGAUACUGUCCAGCAGGAUUUGCUGACUAUUAUGAUGCAAAUGGCAAUUUAAUGGAAGGAAGAUGGAGAACAACGGGACACGAUAUGACACCAUUGCAAAUAACCGGAGGACGAAGUUCAAACAGAGCAAAAGAGAUACGCAAUGUGUUGAAAAACUACGUUAAUUCUUCUGCUGGCAG